AUGGCAUAUAAUCAAAGUUUCCAUCAACCUGUACAAUCUGGGUUGAUUAGUACAAAUUCAUCAAGUUCAAAUGUUUUAGCUCUGGGUAAUAAUCAAUCUCAAAGAUCUUCAAGAUAUGGUGAAUUAAGUUCAAGUGGUGCUGGUAGUUGGGUGGUUUUUGCACCUUCUGUUGAAGAAGAUGAAGAUGAAGUAUUAUCCACCACAAAUGAAUAUGAUGAUGAUGAAAAAGUUAAUUCAAGUUUGGAUAUUGUAAGUGAACACAGAAAUAAAGAAGAUCAAGAUGAUGACGAUGAUGAUGAUUCAGAUUCCUUGAUAGAUUCAUUAGAUACCGAUGAGGAUCUUAAAUUAUCAUUACCAACUCAUGAUGGAUCUGGGAAUUUUAUGAAUACAUCAUUAAAUAAUCAAGAUGAAGAUCAUUUAGAUAUUUUUAAUAAAGAUUUAUCAAAAGAAGAUUUCAUAACAAAUAGAAUUGAUAAUUGGAGACGUGAACAAGCAAAAAUUUUAAUUGAAGAAUUACAUCAAUCAAAUUCUUCUUCAAAUUCUUUAUUAAAUGAACGUUCUCAUGUUGAUGAAUUAUUAGCUUCAUGGGGUGUUGAUGAUCGUGAUCCAAUUGAUUCAAAUUUAGAUAUUGAUCAUAAAGAGAAAAGAACAACUGAACUACGUACACAACGUAAUACUACUAUAAAAGAUUCUUCAAAACCAUAUAAACAUGGUACAAAAAGAUUCUAUGGUGAUGAUAUAUUUGAAAAUUAUACAGAAUGGGAAGUUAAUAUGAUUAAAAAAGUUGCUAAACAAUUAUCAUCAUCAUUAAUUCGUGAUAAAAGAUCACAAGAAUCAAAUUUUGAAAUUUCAACAGGACUGAAAUCAAGAAGAUCUUCAUUAUUAUCAAAUUUAUCAAAAAAUUCAAUUAAUAAUUAUUUUAUGAAUACUCAAUCUUAUUUUUGGCAAAAAGAUUUAAGUUCUGCACAUUCUUCAAUUUCAACAACUUCAAUUGUGCUUGGUAAUAAUUGGGGUGAUGUUAUGUGA